CGGGCGGCCGGGCUGGUUCGGGCCGCGCCGCCCCGCGCAACCACAGCUGCGCUGAGACGAGGGGAGAGAGAGGGCGAGAUGGCGUCGUGCGUGGGGAGCCGGACCCUGAGCAAGGACGACGUGAACUACCGCCUGCACUUCCGCAUGAUCAACGAGCAGCAGGUGGAGGACAUCACGCUGGAGUUCUUCUACCGCCCGCACACCAUCACCCUCCUCAGCUUCACCAUCCUCAGCCUCAUGGCCUUCGCCUUCACCAGGGAUGAUUCUGUACCAGAGGAUAAUAUCUGGAGGGGUAUCCUCUCUGUGAUUUUCUUCUUUCUAAUCAUCAGUGUUCUAGCUUUUCCUAAUGGACCCUUUACACGUCCUCACCCUGCUCUGUGGAGGAUGGUUUUUGGUCUCAGUGUGCUCUAUUUUCUGUUCCUGGUCUUCCUGCUCUUCCUUAACUUUGAGCAGGUAAAGGCAGUGAUGUACUGGCUGGACCCUAAUCUUCGAUAUGCCACAAGGGAAGCAGAUAUUAUGGAGUAUGCAGUGAACUGUCAUGUUAUCACUUGGGAGAGAAUCCUCAGCCACUUUGAUAUAUUUGCUUUUGGACAUUUCUGGGGCUGGGCUAUGAAGGCUUUGCUGAUCCGCAGCUAUGGACUGUGCUGGACUAUUAGCAUCACCUGGGAGCUCACUGAGCUCUUCUUCAUGCACCUUCUGCCUAAUUUUGCUGAAUGCUGGUGGGAUCAAGUCAUUUUGGACAUCCUGCUUUGUAACGGGGGUGGCAUCUGGUUGGGCAUGGUAGUUUGUCGUUUCUUGGAGAUGAGGACCUAUCACUGGGCAAGCUUCAAGGACAUUCACACAACCACAGGGAAAAUCAAAAGAGCUGUAUUACAGUUCACCCCAGCCAGCUGGACCUAUGUCCGCUGGUUUGACCCAAAGUCUUCAUUUCAGAGAGUGGCUGGAGUCUAUCUUUUCAUGAUUAUUUGGCAGCUAACUGAGUUGAACACAUUCUUUUUGAAACAUAUCUUUGUGUUCCAAGCAAGCCAUCCUUUAAGCUGGGGAAGAAUUCUCUUCAUAGGAAUCAUUACAGCACCUACUGUAAGGCAAUACUAUGCUUACCUCACAGACACACAGUGCAAGAGGGUGGGAACUCAGUGCUGGGUGUUCGGGGUAAUUGCCUUCCUCGAAGCUAUUGUGUGCAUAAAGUUUGGACAAGAUCUUUUUUCCAAAACACAAAUACUGUAUGUUGUGUUUUGGCUUCUCUGUGUGGCCUUUACAACUUUCCUGUGUUUAUAUGGUAUGGUUUGGUAUGCAGAGUACUACGGCCACCGAGAAAAGACCUUAUCAGAAAGUGAAGACAGUCCAUACAGUCCAGAUGCUUCCUGGCUUCAUUCUAAAUUCAGCAGAGCAGGUGCUGACAAUAGUCCACCAAAACAUUCAGUCAAUAGUGAAAGCCAUUCAUCUAGAAGGAGGAAUCGACACUCCAAAUCAAAAGUAUCAAAUGGAAUUGGCAAGAAAUGAUGGUAUCUAAAGACAUCCUACAGUGUGACCAGAAGUAACAAAGAAGAUCAGACCUGGCUCUAAAUUACCAAAUGGAAGAUCAAUUUUUAAAUUAAAGUUUAAAAAGGGAGGUGUUGAAGAGAAGGAUGAUGAAGAUGGAGCCACCAGUGUAGUGCACAUCGAUGCCUGAUGACACUUGCCAUUCACUGAUGUAAAUCUAGUUUCUUCAGCAUGUGGCACCAAAAGUUCAUGAAGGGCAUACUGGAAAAAAAUGUUGUUUUAUCACAGCAGGUACUCCCUGUUUUGUGUUCAGGGAUUACAAGUUCAUUUUUAAUAUCUUAGUUGAGGACUUAAACCCAAAGGUUAGUAAACUGAUAGUCAGUUGGCAUAAUUGAUUGCAAAUUUUUUGUUUGGUUUAUUGUGUUGUUUUCUAGAAGAUUAUGCAACCCUUUGAUUAAAAGCAACUCUGCCCUUCUUUCUCAGUCCCGCCACAAAACUUUCCCAUUCAACUAUUAGUAUUUAAAAAUUUCCUAUUGCUUGCUUUUAUUUAAAGGCUCUUUAGACCUUAUGUCAGGGUUUUACCAGGAAGGAAAUGGGUCCAGAGUUCUUGUAAAGAAUGUGAAAUUGAUCUUCAAACACACAGGUUUUUUUGUUCUAUGUUGUCCUCCUGCUUGAGUCAUACAUACACGUUUUUUUAAAAAUUUAAAAUACAUGUAUAAAAAUCUCCUUCCUAAUAGCCUCCUGUCCUCAGUGACAAAGGUCUGUUAUUUCAUUGUUUUUCAUCCUCUGUUGUAGUAUGUUUUUCAUUUUCAAGUGUAAAUUUGUCUUUUUUUCAUCUGUGCCACAUUGUGUAUGAUGUUUCUUCCUACUUCCAUUUGCUUCCAUCUUAGCUGGACCCAGAAAUCCUGUUGUGUUCAGACUGACAUCAGAAACUGCUUUGAAGGCUCAGAUGCCCUACUGAGCUUGGUGAUAAGUUUUUUGCUGAAGCUGAGUUGCUUACUAUCUCCAUAAACAUACUUCUUUGUGAAGACUUGCUGUAGUCUUUGGUGUCUGAGAGGCAGCAUGAUGUCACUGUGAUAGACCCCACUGCUGUGGUGUUUCCUAUCAUGCAUCAGAUACUCAACAGCAAAGUUGCUCUUUCUUGCAGUUUUGGUUUUUUUUUGAGAGGAGUGAUUUACUUUUUGUCUGCGUGUUCUUUUGGGUUUUUUUAAUAUAUUAAUUGUGACAUCUAGCAAAGUGGAUAAUUCUCCAGCAGUGAAUGUAAUGAUUAAGUCAAGAGGUAAGCAAUCAUGAGCAAUCAGUUUCUGUGUUAAGUUAUCAAAAUGUUUAAGUGCCAAUUAAAUUUUGGGAUUCAAGGCAUUCAGAGGGGUAAGUAGCUUAAGCAAGGAUGAGUAAUACCCACUAGUUACUUAGUCUUUAUGAGAAAAUGGGAUUUCCUUUUUCUGUGACUAAUGUUACUGUUAUUUGCCACAGGCUAGGUACUAAAGAAAAAAAUGCAGCAGAGACUUUCUACAAGUGUAUGAUACUGUAAAUAGAAAAAACUAUACUGUGUAAUCCAUCAAUUCCUAUGUGCCACAGAUUAUCAAUGUUUUCAAUGCACUUAAGUGUUGCUGCUGAGCUCCUCAGAGGCCUUUAAUUUCCUACCCCGCUUUUCAAUCAAACAUGGAGUGUACUGCUUGGAAAGUAAUGUAGUAGAAGCUGCUAUAUCAUCAUUGCUGCAGUGACAUUUAACGUUAUAUGAAAAAAUACGUUAGGAAGACUUUCAGGCUCUCCUACAACUACUUGGUUUUCAUUCCUACUAUAGCAAUUCCAUAUAUUGCCUUUGUAUUUGUAAUGUACUACAUACUGAUGAAUGUAUUUGUAGAUUUCUUUGGAUACUGAGACUUGUUACUUCUUUUAUUUCCUUGUUUAAAAACUCAGUCUGUGUAAGACUGAAGAAUGGCAUUGUAAAUUUUCUAUUGAUUCAAUACCAAAGCAAGAGAUUUGAAAUCUAAUGGUUUAGGUAUUUUAAGUAUUGUGGUUUUCCAAUGUGAGAGCUUAUUUUGUACUUGUAAGGGAUGUACACGCCAACUAUGUAUACAAAGCUUACAUGUGUGAACAGAUGCUGAAGUAUGACAUCUACCUGCCUGUGGGGACAAGCACUCAUUUUGUAAAUGCAGACCUGGUGCUCACAUUGCUGAACUGCACCCUAAAAUAUUGGAAAGAGAAAUAUUGAAAUGUCAUCUGUUGGAAGCUGAUUUCUGUAUACAACAGCUUGAUCUUGAAGAAAUGUUGUUUGACAACACAUUUAAAUUAUUUCCAAUAAGU